GUCCAUGUUAUUGCUUGUCAGGAAAGAGACGGUCAGGUUAAUUCUGGAAGCUGCACAUUUAUAAGUACGCGGUAUAAGGUCGUGGUAUGCAGAGACUUGGGUCCAGAUGUGAUGCCUCUCCUACGUGGAAAGCCUGAGCUGGAGCUUGUCGUCUGGCCCGAAGACCGUGCUUGUGAUCGGAGGUGGCUCCUCGAGAACAUACAUGGCGCUGCGGGAGUGAUCGUGAUGUUGACCGAUAAGGUCGAUCCUGAGUUACUAGAGAAAGCAGGAUCAUCGCUACAAGUCGUUUCCACCAUGUCUGUCGGAUAUGAGCACGUAGAUGUAAAUGCUGUCGCGAAACGAGGACUGAAACUAGGCUAUACUCCAGAUGUUCUUACAGAUGCAGUCGCUGAUCUGUCAGUGAUGUUAGCACUCAUGGCAGGUCGAAACGGAGGAAUCGGCAUUUCAGUAGUGCAGAAGGGUCAGUGGACAGAGUAUCCCUGGGCACCAUUUGGAUUUUGUGGUCCACAACUGAGCACAACAGCAGCCUCUCCAACGCGUAAGAUUGGUUUCAUUGGCUUUGGACGCAUCGCGCAAGCAACUCUCGCACGCUUGGUGCCUUUUGGCAUAACCCACUGUCUCUAUUCUUCCAACCCGUCCUCGGCUCCCAGUAGUGAACGCGAUGCACAACUGGCCCAGAAGUACAAUCUACAAAGUGUAAAGAGAGUGGAUAUUGAUGAAGUUGCACGCGAGAGUGAUGUGUUGUUUAUUCUCGCUCCCGGAGGAAGUGGUACUUACCACGUUGUGAACGAAACACUCUUAAGGAAAAUGAAACCUACAAGUAUCCUUGUCAAUGCAAGCAGGGGAACCUUGGUUGAUUCCGAUGCUCUUGCAAAGGCUUUGAGAGAAGGAUGGAUCUGGGGUGCCGGGAUUGAUGUUGUUGAAGGUGAACCACAAGUAUCUGUAGACCAUCCAUUGGUCAAAGAACCCAAAUGUGUAAUUGUGCCGCAUAUCGCCAGUGCUACUUUAGAAACGAGACGGGAUAUGGCUACCCGUGCGGCACAAAAUCUGAUAGCGGCUAUUCUUGGAGGUCAGAUGCCUGCACAGGUUGAUUUGAGGGGUUUCGCAUGAUAGGAGUCCUGGCCUCCUUCACGAAGAAGGAUAAUACUGACUGUUUGGAUGUAUUGUAUAAGUUAUUAGUAGUCGAGGUAUCGGUGAAUCGACCUGCCAUACUUUUCAGGUUAGUGACAUACAACUAAGUAUGCUUUUAUAUC